AUGGCUAAAAGACUUGCUGACUCUCAAAUUACCAGAGAGACUUUUCGUGAGGAUUCUGAUGGGGAAGACGUGGACGCCACGGGUAGCGGACCCAAGAGAGCAUCCGACGAUGUGAUGCGCAAGCGUAAGAUCGCACAACCCAGGAAAAGAAAGGCUUUGGGCGACAGUGGUAAUGGCGAAUCAGCCUUAGCUCAAGGGUUUAGUUUUUCGGCCCUUAACAAUGGCAAACCUGCUGCAGCGCAACCUGCGUUUUCGUUUUCUGCGCAGCAACAGCCUGCUGCAACGCCGGUUGCGCAACCUGCAUCGCAACCUGUUAGCAAUGACUCGGCCGCCAAGUGUAAGGCGCUUAAUCUUCAGUUCCGCGAGAAGGUUAUCAAGUGUGUUUCCAGUGACCCCUUCGUUGAUUUAUCAAGUGUCGUCGACAAAUAUAAGAGCUUCAGAGCUAGCAUACAACCCGGUGACCAGAACGGCACAAUGGAGAAGAAACCCGUUGCUGAUGCUCCUAUUCAGCCGGGCGAAGCAAAAAAAGACGCAGCCUCCGACUCUGAGUCGGACUCCGAUAGCAGCGUGAAGGUUCAAGGCCCCACAUUCACUCUUAGAAGCAAACCCACCACCAAAAACCCAGUGUUCUCUUUUGGACCUAAGAAAAAGCGCCAAGCAGACUCCAGCGACAGUGAAAGCGAUGUCGAGAUCAAGGGACCACAGUUUACAAUUUCUGGCAAUGUCUCGGUUUCUAGUGGUCCAUUCUCUUUAAGCAAAGUAAACGACAAAACCGCACCUGUUGAAACAGCCUCAACAUCCGCUCCAGCUGACACUACAGAAAAGCCUAAAUUGAACUUUGGAAGCACGGCUACUGACGGGAAAAACUCUACUUUCACAUUUGGUGCCCCCAAACCUGAGAACUCUGGUCCUGCUAAUUCUUCUGAUGCUAAGAUACCCACCACACCUGCAUUCACCUUUGGUGCAGCUAAAUCAAGUAACCCCACCGAAGGUUCGGCCUCGGCAACGACCAAGCCUACUGGUACUGGAUUCACUUUUGGCGCACCAAAGGCCGAUAGCGGCAAGCAGAACGCACCUUCUUUUAGUUUUGGCUCAAAAACUGCUGAAAAUAGUGCUGAAGAGAAUAAAGCGCCAUCUUUUUCUUUCGGUAAAUCCCAGAAUUCAACUGCCAUGUUUGGGUCUUCUAGCACAGAAGGACAACAAGAGAGUUCUUCGAAGCCGGCAUUUUCUUUCGGUGCCAGUGCUCCUCAAAACACUGGAUUAGAAAAGAAGGACGCAUCCGCGAAGCCAGUUUUCUCCUUUGGUACUACCACUCCCCAAAGUGUCGAAGGUGAGAAGAAAGCUCCAAGUUUUGCAUUUGGCUCAACUACUCAAAAUUCAUCUUCAACAGGUAAUGAUAAACCAAACCCAAAGGCCCCCGUCGAAGAAGCUACAUCUGCAGAAUCUAAGCCUGUUUUUUCUUUCUCUGCGAACACUGCAAAACCCUCCUCCGCACCUUUCACUUUUGGUGCGCCUGCUGAAAAAAAAGAUUCUGCAAAGCCAACUUUCACCUUUGGCACUUCAAAUGCCCCCUCAGCUCCUAGUUUCAGCUUUGGAAAACCUGCAGAGACUAACGACAGUAAAUCUGGAGGAUUCAAAUUCAGUUUGCCUUUUGCCUCCGCAGCAUCAACCUCUGAGGAGAGUAAAACUAAUGGAAAUGUAGCCACCGGGGAAUCAAAAGAGGAAAGCUCCAAGCAGGAAGAUAAAGAAGAGACCAAAGAUGAAACUAAAGAUGAUUCACAACCUAUGGGCAUGACUAAUGGUGAAGAGAAUGAAACGGUUUUAUUUUCCAAGCGUGCCAAAUUAAUGAUUAUCAAUCCAGACACAAAGGCUUAUGAUUCACGUGGUGUUGGGGAAUUAAAGCUAUUACAAAACAAAGAUGAUCUCACUAAGAUCAGGAUACUUUGCCGUUCGGACGGUAUGGGCCAUAUACUACUAAACACCAGCGUGGUUAAAAGUUUUCAAUAUGUACCAGCUGAUCCAGAAAAAGAAAACUUUGUCAAAUGCCCCGUCAUAAACUCAGAAGGGAAACUGGAAACCUAUAUUAUUAGAGUAAAACAAAAGGCUGAUGGCCGUCAACUCUGCAAGGCAAUUGCAGAUGCCCAAAAUACUAUAUAG